UCCCAUAUCACCACGCCUUUCAAACUACUACUAGGAUUAUGAUUCUUUUUCUGUUUAUUCUUCUUCCCUAAUAGCUGCAAUUUUUAAAACUAAUAAAUAAAACAAAUUGGUCACUAAACUAUCAAUUGUGGUCAAAUAUAUAUAUAUAUUCGUAUAAAUACGCGAGUUUUCCACAAGAAAGAACCAGGAAUACGUAUCAAUUGUGGGGAAAGUCACACUCGCAGUUUCGAUAAGUUUUGGAGUGAAAGAUUUCGGUGAGGAUUUCACAGUCUUGAUUGACAGAAUUUGAUUUAGCCUUUGGAGAAGAAAUUUCUUUGAUUGUGCUAAGUGGGGAAUUAAAGCUGUUCUUAAGUUCCGAUUUUAAAUCUCAUAGGACAAAUUCGGCAUUAACGCACCCGAAACAAUCUUUUGCAGUGAUUGAAAAUGUUGGUGAUUGAGAGUAAAGAAGGUGCAAUAGCAUGUAUGAUAUUUUCUUUGCUUUUCCUGGGCACUUGGCCUGCCCUUCUUACGCUCUUAGAAAGGCGAGGCCGAAUGCCUCAACACACUUACCUCGAUUACACCAUCACAAAUCUAUUGGCUGCUGUAAUCAUUGCCUUCACAUUUGGCGAGAUUGGCAAAAACUCGAAUGAGAAGCCAAAUUUCAUUAAUCAGCUGUCUCAGGAUAACUGGCCGAGUGUGAUUUUCGCGAUGGUUGGGGGUAUUGUUCUAAGCCUUGGGAAUUUAUCAACUCAGUAUGCUUGGGCUUUUGUUGGCUUGUCAGUGACAGAGGUCAUCACAUGUAGCAUAACUGUCGUGAUAGGGACAAUUAUGAAUUAUUUCUUGGACGACAAAAUCAACAAGGCCGAGAUUCUUUUCCCCGGUGUCGCAUGCUUUUUGAUUGCUGUUUGUUUAGGCUCUGCUGUUCAUUCAUCCAAUGCUGCAGAUAAUAAAGCUAAGCUCACAGGAAAAGAUGAGACGAUGGAAAAGGGUGCUCAUACCUCCCAAGGACACUAUGCAAACAAAGCAGAUGUGGAGAAAGCGGUUGCCAUAAAGGACAAGGCGAAAUUCGGAACAGCAGAUUUUCUCGUCGAGCUUGAGAAUAAAAGGGCAAUUAAGGUUUUUGGGAAGAGCACUUUUAUUGGGUUGGGGAUAACAUUCUUUGCCGGAAUAUGCUUUUCUCUAUUCUCUCCGGCCUUCAAUUUGGCCACUAAUGACCAAUGGAAUACCUUAAAGAACGGUGUCCCACAUUUGAGCGUGUAUGCUGCAUUUUUCUAUUUCUCGGUUUCGUGCUUUGUGAUUGCCAUCAUUCUCAACAUCAGCUUUCUUUACCGUCCCAUUUUGGACCUGCCCAAGUCCUCCAUCACCGCUUAUAUAUCAGACUGGAAUGGUCGGGGAUGGGCCCUUUUAGCUGGGCUUCUCUGUGGGUUUGGUAAUGGGCUUCAGUUCAUGGGAGGCCAGGCUGCUGGAUAUGCUGCAGCAGAUGCUGUUCAGGCACUGCCACUUGUGAGUACAUUCUGGGGCAUAUUAUUGUUUGGUGAGUACAGAAGGUCGUCUAGAAGAACGUAUAUACUUCUCGUGAGUAUGUUGUUGAUGUUUAUAGUUGCUGUUGGCAUCCUCAUGGCCUCAUCAGGCCACCGUAAAUGAUUUUUCAUUUUCUUGAAGAAGUCUCGAAAGAGACUAGCUGCGUUUGAGCUGAUUUGCUCUGCCAUUUUUGGUUACUGCAGUAAAAAAAUGUUAUCUGAAACUAUGUUUGCUCCAAUGCCAUGCUGCCUGGGGCAAUAAUAUGAUAUAAAUAAUUAUUUGAAUAAAUAGUUGGAGGAUAUAUGGGCUUUUAAUGGAUUAUGUUGGAUUUUAUAUUGUGGCAUAGUUUUCUUUGCAUGGUAAACA